CUUUAAUUUACAACAACAUCAUUAACCGCACAAACAAGAAGAUAGAAAUGACUUCCAAACAAACCCCACAGGCCGGUGAGUCGAAGGAUUACACUAUUGUCAACAAGGCCGUCGAGGCGAAGGACUUCACGGUGAAUAAGGCCGGCGAGUAUAUGGACUUCACGGUGAAUAAGGCCGUCGAGGCGAAGGACUUCACGGUGAAUACGGCCGGCGAGUAUAAGGACUUCACGGUGAAUAAGGCCGUCGAGGCGAAGGACUUCACGGUGAAUAAGGCCGUCGAGGCCAAGGACCUUACGGUGAAUAAGGCAGGAGAGUAUAAGGACUUCACGGUGAAUAAGGCCGGCGAGGCCAUGGACUUCACGGUGAAUAAGGCCGUCGAGGCGAAGGACUUCACGGUGAAUAAGGCCGGCGAGGCCAUGGACUUCACAGUGAAUAAGGCCGGCGAGUAUAAGGACUUCACGGUGAAUAAGGCCGUCGAGGCGAAGGACUUCACGGUGAAUAAGGCAGGCGAGGCCAAGGACUUAACGGUGAAUAAAGCCGUUGAGGCGAAGGACUUCACGGUGAAUAAGGCCGGCGAGGCGAAGGACUUCACGGUGAAUAAGGCCGGCGAGGCAAAGGAUUACACGAUGAAUAUUGGGAACGCAAAUUGAUGACAAAAUCACGAUAAACUCAAGAGUUAUCGACUAAUGUUAGGGAGUACACCAGAUUGUCUGUACUUCUAGUUAAUAAAUGAUUGUAUUAACUUCCAUUUCAAUUUCAAAUUUAAUCUUAUCAUAUUUAUAUUGUUAAAUGCAUGCAAAUGUGAUUGGAUUAUGAACCUAUUAUUCCAGAGA